CAUAGAGUCCGAAGACGAAGAGUUGCAGUCCGAAGAGCCCGAAGACGAAGAAUUGCAGUCCGAAGACGAAGAAUUCCAGUUCGAAGAGCCCGAAGACGAAGAAUUGCAGUGCGAAGAAGAAGAAUUCCGGUCUGAAGAGCCCGAAGACGAAGAAUUGCAGUCUGAAGACGAAGAAUCGACAGAUGACGACGAGUAUCCGUAUACCGAUAUGGAUUCAAUCACAUCAAUGAUAAAACGCUUAGAGGUAUGCAUGCAGCAGCUACAUGCACAUGCUUGUAGUAAUCCGUUGAUUGUUUCUUAUUUUUGUUUCCGGUAUAAAUACCAAUGCAGGUUAUGGAGGAUGAAAUUGAGAAGAAGUUGGACAAUCUAAGGAAGGUGAAUGCAAGCCAAAACCUUGCUUGGACGAGAUAUGGACGCAAAGUAUUAUUCAAGAUGAAAGCUACAGUGUUGGAAUUUUCAAAGGCACAGAUGAAACCUGCUAAGGUGUUGGAUUUCGUAACGUCUGUUGUCGCUCUUGAUCUUCCAGAGGUAUGUAAAAGCUGGUUGCUUCAAAAAGCAGCUGAAAGGGACAUGGCCAGAGCAUAUCAUGAUGCUAAAAAGUCUUUAAAGAAAAACGAAGAGUGUGAAAAGUUUCACAUCAUGAGAUUACAAGAGCUACUAGGAGUUGAGUACCAAGAAGAUGGCGAGUAUGCAUAUACUGAUAUGAAUUCAUUCGCGUCCAUAAUGAAACGCUUAGAGGUAUGCGCUCAAUACACAUGCAUUGUUUCUUAUUCUUGUUUUCUGUACGAUACUAAUGCAUGUUUACUUACUGUAUUCUGUAUAGGUUAUGGAGGAUGAAAUUGAGAAGAUGUUGGGAAAACGUAAAUGAAAGUCGAAACCCUGCUUGUAAGAGAUACGGACGCAAAGUAAAAGAGUAAGAACGCAUUCAUGUAUAACAUUGAUAAGUUUUCUAUAUGUGUGUGCUACAUUCACUUACAUAAUAGGGCCAGUAUAAAGGAGUGAUAUACAUGGCUCUUGUAUUACUGUUUUCUGCCAGAUACCGUCUUUUUUACGGCUCCAACUGAGACUAAAAACUGAUCAAGUGAAGACAGUGUUUUCAUAU